GCGGCGCACCUGGCGCCAUUCCUACAUUCUAACCGGCCAGGACCAAGCAUCGGUGGGUCGUUGUUUAACACUACGCAAUACCUUCAGCCGCAAUGAACGGACAGAUUCUUAACGGUUUCCAUGACGCACUCAUCGAUGAGGGCAGCUUCCUGUUUACCUCCGAGUCCGUUGGGGAAGGCCACCCCGACAAAAUCUGUGACCAAAUAAGUGAUGCAGUCCUCGAUGCCCAUCUGAAGCAAGACCCAGAUGCCAAAGUUGCUUGUGAAACGGUAGCAAAGACUGGCAUGAUCCUUCUCGCUGGCGAGAUCACAUCUAGGGCAGCAGUGGACUACCAGAAAGUUGUGCGAGAGACUAUCAAACAUAUUGGCUAUGAUGACUCCUCCAAAGGCUUUGACUACAAGACCUGCAAUGUUUUGGUUGCCCUUGAACAGCAGUCUCCUGACAUUGCCCAAGGUGUGCACCUGGAUAGGAAUGAGGAAGAUGUGGGAGCUGGGGAUCAGGGUCUAAUGUUUGGUUAUGCUACUGAUGAAACAGAAGAGUGUAUGCCUUUGACAAUUGUCCUAGCACACAAACUAAAUGCCAAGAUGGCAGAACUGCGCCGCAAUGGAACUCUACCAUGGCUUCGUCCUGAUUCUAAGACCCAGGUAACUGUCCAGUACAUGCAGGACCGUGGGGCAGUAAUCCCAAUAAGAGUACACACAAUUGUGGUAUCUGUUCAGCACGAUGAGGUGAUCUGCCUGGAUGAGAUGCGUGAUGCCCUGAAAGAGAAAAUCGUGAAAGCUGUGGUUCCCGCCAAGUACUUGGAUGAUGACACAAUCUACCACCUGCAGCCCAGUGGUCGCUUUGUAAUUGGGGGUCCACAGGGGGAUGCUGGAUUGACUGGACGCAAGAUUAUUGUAGAUACCUAUGGAGGAUGGGGAGCCCAUGGUGGUGGGGCCUUCUCUGGCAAGGACUACACUAAGGUGGACAGAUCUGCUGCCUAUGCUGCUCGUUGGGUGGCAAAAUCCCUGGUGAAGUCUGGCCUGUGCCGUCGGGUUCUGGUCCAGGUUUCUUAUGCAAUUGGUGUUGCCCAUCCUCUGUCUAUCUCAAUCUUCCAUUAUGGGACCUCACAGAAGAGUGAGAGGGAGCUACUGGCCAUAGUAAAGAAGAACUUUGACCUCCGCCCUGGUGUAAUUGUCAGGGAUCUGGAUCUGAAGAAGCCAAUUUAUCAGAGGACUGCAGCCUAUGGUCAUUUUGGUAGGGACAGCUUCCCCUGGGAAGUACCAAAAAAACUGGAGUAUUGAUUGUUAGGCUUUUCCUCCUUUGACCUGCUGGCGUUAUAUACAGAGAAGCCUGCAGUUUAUUGAAGGAGGAAAAGGCCCCUACUAACCUUUCCUGUCAUUCUAUUGGUUCACUGUAGUCUCCAGUAUCAUGUUGUCCUUCCUGGAGAGGGGACCAUGUAUGAGUUGUAUUGUCACCGCCUCCCUUCCUGUCAAUCUAAUCUGUUUCCUAUUGGUGCUUCUAGCAGGCUAGGCUUUUACUUCUGGUAGCCUUAAGUGUUGUAUCCAUGACCAAGUAUAUUGUCCCCUGGCUUCUCUCUUGGGGUGGAGCCAGAGAUGCUACAACUUAUUCUCUGGUAUCCCUUAUAGUAUUUGGGUGUUAUGCCCUGUAUGCUAUUGCUUUUAAUUAACCUACUCACCAUAUCCUGCAUGUAAAUCAGUGGUGCCCUAUACAGUCAACUGCACUUUGCUGAGACCAUACACUUCCCAAUAGCUGUUAAUGCAGUAUGUAACUGGUCCAUACAAAAUGGAGUGAUCUCCUGGUGCCUGUAGAUGACUUGCUCCUUACCCUCUCCCCUUUUAGCCACAAUGCACAGACCUCCCGGCCUAGUAUUAGAUCUAGUUUUAAUCUGUAAGCCAGUGUCAUGUUGGCUAUUUAUUUCCCCUCUAGCUGGCUGGUGUGGCUACAGAGAAACCAGCACAGUACAGAGUUCACACAUGACACUGGCUGCAGACAGAGCAAAAGGAUCUUACUUGAAUAUGGAUGUGUAACUGCUUUAUUUAUUGUGGAGCCAGGCACGGGUGUAAGUACAGAGUAGCUUGUGCCACAGGUAACACUAUUUUUAUUUUUUAACUUUAAUACACUUUAUGCUGUCUUGGUUACAAUGACUCCACACCUCCAGUAGACUCUGGCGUGCUAAGGUGUAGUACAGAAAGACCUUAGCUGCACUUUACAGAGGACCUGGUUUGUGAUCAUGUGUAAGAUUCAUUCAGUUGGAGUGCCCCCUGCAGGAAUGAGCACACCAUACCAGUGUUGUACAGAGAAACUGGGUGUUUACAAGCUGUCCUGUGGAGAGUUCUCUGAUGUGUAAUGGGUUACACCAUCCUCCUACUUCAAUUUUUAGCUAUUCCAUGUGUCUGGUUAAAAAUAAUUCAAGAUUUCAUGAAUAAAGUAUUAGGUGCUCCCUCAAAUAA